UGAGGGCGGGGCUCUGCACUUCCGUACGGCGGUGUCUGCUUGGUGCCGCUGAGUUGGUACCUUGCCAGCUGUCGGAAGUUUGCCCGCCCGUUUGGCGGAUGGACAGAAUGGCAGCCCAGGGGAUAAUCGGAGGUGUUCCCUGGUAACUCUGCUGCUAAAUAUAGUCAAAGCAGUAAUCUGAGUCCUUCAUGCACGCAGUGCGUGCCCGGCGCCCGCGCCAGGCCCAGAGCUUGACACUGUGGGAUAAACAAGUGUGAAGGUAGCAUGGAUCUGCCUGUGGACAAAUGGAUAUCCUACCUGCUUGACAAGUGGGCUUUACUCCCCAAGUCUGUGCAGGACACAAUUUCUACAGCAGAGACACUGAAUGACAUCUUUCUGCGUUCCGCUUCCCUUCUGCAGCCCGAAGAUGAGGUGUUUUUAAAGCGGCUUUCUAGUGCUUACUUGGUGGAAAAGGACUAUGAUGCUCCCCUUUUCUACAGAGAAAAAGGAAACAAAAAAUUCCAAGAGAAGGACUACACAGGCGCCGCAGUGCUGUACUCUAAGGGAGUGUCGCAUUCCAGGCCUAACACAGAGGAUAUUUCACUGUGCUAUGCCAAUCGCUCUGCAGCCCUCUUCCAUCUGGGUCAGUAUGAAGCAUGUCUUAAAGACAUAGUGAGAGCAGGUGUGCAUGGGUAUCCUGAAAGACUGCAACCCAAGAUGAUGCUGCGCAAGACAGAGUGCCUGGUGAACCUCGGGAGACUGCAGGAGGCGAGGCAAACCAUCACUGAUCUUGAAAGCAGCCUUGCUGCCAAGCCAAUGCUGGUGCCUUCCUCUCAUCAGAUUCUGCAGAGGAACCUCCAUCACCUGAAAAUGAAGAUCCAAGAGAAGGAGAGUCUCCCAGAAACCUUCCCAGCAGCUCUCACCAGAGCGUUUGAGGAUAUGGCCCUAGAGGAAGAGAACAAAGAGAUUUCUGGGGCAUCGCUGUCUGUCAGCUUACACAUGGACCCUUUGAAAGGCCGCCAUCUAGUUGCCACAAAAGACAUUCUCCCGGGAGAACUCCUGGUGAAGGAAGAUGCUUUUGUAAGUGUCCUUAACCCAGGAGAAAUGCCACCACUUCACCAUGGCCUAGAGACCAAGUGGGAUACCAGAGUUACCAAUGGAGACCUCUACUGUCACCGAUGUCUGAAGCACACUUUGGCCACAGUACCCUGUGGCAGGUGCAGCUAUGCCAGGUAUUGCAGCCAGGAAUGUAUGCAGGAGGCAUGGGAGUGCUACCAUAGCACAGAGUGUCCUCUGGGGGGGCUGCUUCUUGUGCUUGGGGUCUUCUGCCAUGUUGCCCUGAGGAUGACUCUGUUAACCAGAUUUGAAGAUGUUGACAGAGUUGUAAGAAUGCUUUGUGAUGAGACUGGUCACAAAGAUACCUGUUUACCUGAAAACAAGAAUCCGGUCAAGACAUUUAGGUACACAGAUCAGAGGGAGAGUGAAGAGAACAGCAAAAUAGGUGAACCCCCAGUUCCUGGAUGUAAUGUCAAUGGCAAGUAUGAAAGUAAUUAUAACGCUGUCUUCAGCCUUCUGCCUCAUACUGAGAAACAUAGCCCGGAACACAGAUUCAUCUGCGCCAUCAGUGUCUCUGCCCUGUGCAGGCAGCUCAAAACAGCCAGCAUUCAGGCCCAAACCAUGUCCUCCAAGUGGAAAGCAGUGAGCCCAGGAUUGUGUGCAGAUUUGACUACUUGGGGACUAGCCAUGCUGCGGCACAUGCUGCAGCUGCAGUGCAAUGCCCAGGCGAUAACCUCCAUCCAGCACACAGGGUCUGAAGAGAGCAUCGUGACCAACAGCAGGCAGGUCCGCCUUGCCACAGGCAUCUUUCCUGUCGUCAGCCUCCUGAACCACUCCUGCAGCCCCAACACGAGUGUGUCCUUCACUGGCACUGUUGCCACCAUCCGGGCAGCACAGCACAUCAGAAAGGGACAAGAGAUUGUGCACUGCUAUGGGCCACAUCAGAGCCGCAUGGGUGUUGCUGAGAGGCAGCAGAAGCUGAGGUCACAGUACUUCUUUGACUGUAGCUGUCCAGCCUGUCACACUGAGACACUCAGAGCAGCUGUAGAGCCCAGGUGGGAAGCCUUCUGCUGCAACGCAUGCAGCGCACUCAUGCAGGGAAACGAUGUGCUGAGCUGCAGCAACGAAUCUUGCAGAGAAUCUGUCAGCAGGGCCCACCUGGCCUCCCGCCUCCAGGACCUUCAGCAGCAGGUGUGUGAGGCCCAGAAGCUUCUCAGAAAUGGGAAACUAGAGCAAGCUGUCCAGCAGUUGUUGGGGUGCCGGGAGGCUGCCGAGAGCUUCUUGUCCGCAGAGCACACCAUGGUGGGGGAGAUUGAAGAUGGGCUGGCGCAGGCGCAUGCUGCCUUAGGAGACUGGCGGAAGUCUGCUGCCCACAUACAGAAGAGUGUCCGUGUGGUUGAAGCUCGCCAUGGGCCAUCCAGUGUUGAAAUCGGCCAUGAACUCUUCAAGCUGGCCCAAGUCCUGUUCAACGGGUUGGCAGUGCCUGAAGCUCUGAGUGCCAUACGGAAAGCGGAAAAGAUCCUGUUGGUGCACUGUGGCCCUGAGAGCCCUGAGGUCCAGGAGCUCCGGGAGAUGAAAUCCUGUUUACUGGACUUGUCGAUCCCCGUGGGGCCCUCGGUGUAGAGUGUACAUUCUAGUCCGCAGGAAGGGAGCUCGGGCAGAUGAGUUAAAGAGGCUGUGUCAGUUUAGAGCUGACAUAAGAAAGGACAGGCCCUUCCCAGCUGUCCUGCGCUGUGUCUUGAUGGCAGGGAGCACUUAGGGCACAUAAUAGUUAAUAGUUAAGAGGCACUGUCCUGAUGGCUGCUGCUUGCAGGAAUUAACUGCCCUCGGAUAGAAAUCCCCCAUCCCCAGAAAAGACUUACCCGUGCCUGUGGAAGCUAAGUGCUUUAAAGGGCCGCAGCUGAUCUGCAGGCAGCUGAUACUAGCCUAGAGUUUUGGCUUGAUUUCAUCUCACCAAAGGAUGAGAGUCUGUUUCUCUGGAACAUUCCUGUGGUUUCUGGUAGUAAUGAAGUGCUGUAUACCACUCCAGUGGGAACUUCAACUCUUAAUCUUAUAUUAUAAUUGAAGAACAAUAUAUAGCAAGAAAUCCAUGUGGCUCCUUUACGUCAAGAGACACACGAUUACAGUCACAAUAUCCCGCUUUCUUAAAUGUUUCAUUGAAACUGCUGGUGUGUAAUUUGUGAACGAAGAAAUAAACACGGGACUGUCUCACUGUUGGGCAGUUUCUUCCUGGGGAUGGCAACUCUAUUUGCUUCCUACUAGUUUUCUAAUUCUUUUAUUUAUUUGUUUGUUUAUUGGUUUUAAUGCUCAUUGGUGUUUUACUUGUAUGUAUGUCUGUGUGAGGCUGUCAGAAGCCCUGGAAUUGGAGUUACAGACAGGUG